UCCACACCUCUUCGCAGUUUCUUCUUCUUCGUCUUCUCUCAUAACCCUAGGAGUUCUUUUCACAGUCUCUUCGCAGAUCCACCGUUGUUUGUCGCGUACUCGGCGUUUGCUUGCCGUCGUUUCACCGUUUAGUCGGCGCCGCUCCUCCAUGACGAACCCACCAGUCCCACCACCGAACUUCAAUCGUAAUGCAUUUCUUCAAUAUAUGUCACAACAGUUUAGUACACAACAGUAUAGUAGCUCAACACCAGAGUAUGACACUUUUUAUAGGCCUAUCAUAAGUGAAGACCAGACAGGUAGUAUUCCAGACUUUGAAACCAAUGUCUCUCCACCAGCCGAUGUAAACGGUUCUGUUCCACCAGCCGAUGCAAAUGGUUCUGUUCCACCAGUUUCGGUGGAGGACCUUCUCAUUGCUCCAGGACGUGAAACUCUCAAGUAUCUUCAUCCCAAAGUGGAGCGAGGAGCUAUUUGGUUUAAGCGUGAUCCAUAUGGUGUAAUUACAAAGUCUAUCUUGAGAAUGCAAAAAACAGAUGUCAAACCUGCUUGCUUGACAUAUCGUUCUCUUCCCCCUGAGACUAAAAAACGGUGGUUUCAAGCUUUUGCGCAAGAGUUUAACUGGGAUCCCAUCAUAACAAAAAUAGUUUAGAUAGAGUUUGAGAAACAAGCUGCCUAUUCCUUCUCUAAGAACUUAGCUGAGUGGAAACAAAAAUGGAAAUGCAAUAAAGAGAAACCUAUACAUAUGACAGAUGAUUUAUGGAAGGGGUACAUUAAUAUUUGGUGUGAUGAGAAAGUUGCAGGAUUGGCAUCAACAAACUCACAAAAAAGGAGAAGCAACCCAGAUGGUGAAGGAAUUCCAGUGCACUUCAAUGGAGCUAAAUCAUUCUAUAGGCGUAAAGAUGAAAUGACUGUUGAAAAUGGUGGAGUCGAGCCUAAUAUGAUGGCUUUCAUUGAGGAUGUUUAUAAAAGUAAGAAAACUGGCAAGAUUGUCUACAAGAAGGCUAAGCAGAUUGUGGAGACUUUAAAAGAACAGGUGAAUGACCUCCAAUCUAAAGAGCCACUUGAAGAUGGAUUGGUUCAGCCUCUCUCUUGUCCUGAGAUAAACGAUUUGGUUCGCAAGGCAAUACCCAAAAAAAAGGGUAAUCGAUUUGGAUUUGGAUCUCUCCCAGAUCAUGAAAAGUUAGAUGCUCCCUUCUUACCCAGCUUGGACCCUGAAAAGAAGUUAGAAGAAGCAUACAACAAGAUUUCUGAGUUAGUUAAAGAGAAAGAGGAAGAUACCAAGACAAUCCAGUACUUGAAGGAUGUUACUGAGAAGCUUCUCAACAAAUUUCCAGACUGUCGUCGAGCUGAAGAAGAAGAAGAUGAUGAUUAGUUUGCCUGGUUUUUUGGUUGUAUUAGUUACGGUUAAUAUAAGAAUCUAUUAAUGUGGUUUAAUUGACAAUAACUUCUAUUUAUAUAUUUUUGGUAUUUUCUGAUAUUUAA